AACACGGUGACGUGCGCGGGGACCCGAUGUUCGUCUGCGGGACGUGAUCCUUAAUUUUUAAAUGGAAUGGGACACUGUACAGUACUGAACGUACCGGCUUAGCAUCAGAUGCUUGCUUUUAAUCAUUUCAGUAUUUAUAACCGUUAAAACAAUUUUGAUGAAUUUAAUAGACCUAUUGACAAAGUUUUGUAACAUUUGUUUCUUUUAAAUCUACUCGUAUAUGUAUUAUUUUCAACCGUGAUCACAUCUUUGUGAUCAUAAUAUAUCUGUUAUGGAGGAGAAUCGUCUUUCUGCGAACAGAAACGUGCUGUGUCUGUUUGACGUGGACGGCACGCUAACACUAGCUAGAGAAAAAAUAGAUCCGGAACUCGACCAGUUUUUCCAGUCACUGCGGAGGAAGGUCAAGAUCGGCGUGGUGGGGGGUUCUGACUACUCUAAGAUCGCAGAGCAGCUGGGGGACGGCGACGAAGUGAUUCACAAGUUUGACUACGUGUUUGCGGAAAACGGCACGGUGCAGUACAGGGAUGGGAAGCUCAUCUCCAAACAGGCCAUCCAGAACCACCUGGGCGAGGAGCUGCUGCAGGACCUCAUCAACUUCUGCUUGCGCUACAUGGGGCUUAUCAGGUUACCCAAGAAGAGGGGUACAUUCAUCGAAUUCCGUAACGGGAUGAUCAAUAUCUCCCCGAUCGGCCGCAGCUGUACACUCGAGGAGCGAAUCGAGUUCUCCGAAAUCGACAAGAGAGAAAGGAUCCGGGAAAGGUUUGUGGAGGCUCUUCAGCAGGAAUUUGCCGGCAAAGGGCUGCGCUUCACGCGGGGGGGCCUCAUCAGUUUCGAUGUGUUCCCUGAGGGGUGGGACAAACGUCUCUGUCUGGACGUGCUGGAAGGGGAAGGCCUGGAUACCAUCUACUUUUUCGGCAACGAGACCUCGCCGGGGGGUAAUGACUAUGAAAUCUUCACUGACCCACGGACUAUUGGCUACACGGUUUUCUCUCCCGACGACACAGUCAGGCUCUGCAAGGACCUGUUUUUCAACACUCCUUCUAUUGAUUCCUGACGUCUGCCUUGGGUGGGGCGUCGGCUCUCCCAGCCCUUGUCCGCCCCCUGCUGUCAAGGAGUGGUAUUGCACAGAGAGAGCGCUACAGUGUAGUAGGUCUGGGGCAGAUAACUGGACACGAAAAACAACAUUAAUGAUUUACUACUUCUGAUUGUAUUUUGUCUGUGAUUAUCAGCAGUGUUGUGCAGUUACUGCCAGUAAUUCAAGGCAACUGGAUUUUUAACAAAAUAACUUCGCUAAGUCUAACAGUCUAAACAGUGUUGUGGUAAGAAUUACAUUUAAAAACAUGUUUUUUGUUUUAUGUCAAUGAAGGGAAACACCCUGCUGUUUUUCUUAUGCCUUUUAACAUGGGGAUGUGGUGAUAUUUUAUUGUUAAACACUCCACACAUACUCCCUGUAAUUAGCAAACUCAAGUGCCAGCGACAGGCUGUGAGCCAAACUUCCUGCAGGGGGCGUAGUAUAAAUACAGUCCCUGAGAGAAUCGCUUAUCCGCGAGUCCUGGAAGCUUUGCAUGAGCGGCAGCAACACCUGCUCCAGGUUUUAUCAAAACAGUGCCAUUCAGAACCCGCUUCUGUGUCGCGGUAUUAAAGGACAGGCAUUACAUUAAUGAUUAAUUGGUAUUGUCCCUUUUAGAGGCAGCAGGUGGCGCUGUGGUCAGGGGGGGGUUUAUUAUCGUAAGUGUAAUAUACAUAAUAUGCUGAAUCAAUCAGUCUGUGUAAAGAUCCUUCAAUAUAAUGUUUUUUUUUGUCAUUAAUAAUAAAGCACUGAAAUUACCAGAAGGCUACACAGGGUCACAUGGUCUCCCUGCGCCUCUAAGAUCCAUGACCCUGACAGCCUCCUGAUUGGUGUCUUUGUCCACCCCACCCCCCCCAACACCGUAGUAUAGAGGGGGCCUUCGGUAUCAUUACUCUCACACUGACAUUGACAUCACGAGGUGCCAUAGCAAAUACCAGCCAGGACCUGCUGCUCUUCCCUGGGGAGGGUAGCCUGAAUACACGGUACACCAUGAUUAUACUGUACUGUACCCAGUGCACUGUACUCAUGGACAAAGGUUUACAUUAACUAUACAGUACAAUGUGUCCACAUGAAUAAACACAGCACUCCUGUGAAGAGCAUGGAAAUUACAAAGCAAGUAGAAUGACAUUCUGUAAUAAAUUUUAUUAAACGAA